UCUCGAAGGUCGUCGUGUGUCCUCCGCUCAGCAGGCGGCGCAGUUGACGCACGUCUCUCGCGUAACGUGAGGUGACGAAGAAACGACGCUGACGCUGUUUACGCAAAUGGUUGUUUGUUGUACACUUAUUGAUAUUAAAAUCAACUGGAGCUGAUCUUAAACCAGCAAGAUGGGUGAACGUAAAGGAGUGAACAAGUACUAUCCUCCUGAUUUCGAUCCAGCCAAGCAUGGCUCCAUCAACGGCUACUGGAAAACACACCCGCUGCGGGAGCGGGCCAGGAAACUGUCUCAGGGCAUCCUCAUCAUCCGAUUUGAGAUGCCGUAUAAUAUUUGGUGUGAUGGAUGCAAGAAUCAUAUCGGCAUGGGGGUUCGAUACAAUGCAGAGAAGAAGAAAGUGGGCAAUUACUACUCAACUCCAAUAUACAGGUUCAGGAUGAAGUGCCAUCUGUGUGUGAACUACAUAGAGAUGCAGACAGACCCGGCCACCUGUGAUUAUGUCAUCGUGACUGGAGCGCAAAGGAAGGAAGAAAGAUGGGACAUGGCUGAGAAUGAGCAGAUACUCACUACUGAGCACAGUGAGAAAGAGAAGCUGGAGACAGACGCCAUGUAUAAAUUAGAUCAUGGAGGAAAGGAUAAAGAAAAGCUGCGUGCCGCCAUCCCGUCUCUCACUGAGCUUCAAGAGCACCAGUCCGGGUGGAAGGACGACUUUCAGCUUAACAGCGCCCUCCGCAGGAAGUUCAGGACUGAGAAGAAAGUGAUUGCUGAGGAGGAGGAGAAAGACAAUGCAGUGCGAAUGAGGACUGGUCUGUCGAUCCCUUUGUUACCGGAAAGAGAAGAAGAUAAGAAACUAGCUUCACUGCUCACCUUCCAGAGUCUAGACUCAUAUGAUGACAGAAAGCAGUCGAAAAGGCUACAGAUAUCAUCUCGUUCCUGGUUCAGUAGCCCGUCUUUAGCAGCAGGAGGAGCUGCUGGGAGCCUCUUGUCAAAGUUAGGCCAGCAGGGUCGAGGAGCAGCCGUGGCUAAAGCACUCAGCUCUACGACACCCAGUUCGCACAUCCUGGUACGCAGGAAGUCAGAAAGCAGCAAGACUGAAAGCGCCAAUGUUAUGACCUCCAGCUCGUCCCCUGACACUAACCCAGCAGCUGUGGACACAAACUCCAUGGACUCACAUUCUUCUCUGACAAAUAAUGUGAAUUCAAGCACAGACAAAAACACUCACAGCUGCACUACAGAGACGCGUAAAGAAAGCCCAUCAGAGGAGGACAAAGGCUUUGACUUGUGUGCUGGAAAGUCUCUGGUUGCAGAUUACAGUGACUCGGACUCGGGCAGUGAGGUCUAAUUUGUAUAGCUGUGAUUCCUACACAUAUCAUCUUAUGGUAAACAAUUAGUAAUUAUUUACCAAAAAAAUA